UCUGCAUUAUAUCCCAUCCCAUCCCCUUCAACUACGGUUUUCCUUGUCACGCCUUGGCUGCGUCCGGCCCAGUUUUGGCACUCACGCUCUUUCCGACGCCGAACUGGACCUCCGCCCUGGCGGUCUAGAGAGCGAAUUCUGUAAUAUCAGCAGACAGGUCCUUCGGUUUACACGGUCCAAUCUCGCCUAUAUCUCGGGAUUCUCGCAUCUUUCAAAUUCUCGAUCACCCACCGUUAUCCUUCUGCAAUUUGUUUAGCGGAGGUUCCUGUUAUUAUUCCUGGCAUGCUAGCGGAUCCUCCACCUUACUAGCUGUCAUACAUGUAACAAUGUCACAUCCUGAUCUUACGUCGCAUCAUGUCAACUACCUAAUCUGGAGGUAUCUUCAAGAAUCAGGUCACGGUGAAGCCGCAGUGACACUGCAGCGCGCAUGGAAUCAUGACCCACAGAGCUUACCUUUCGCUCCCUAUAUAAAAACUCAUGCGUUGGUGUCUUUGGUACAAAAGGGUCUCCAAUAUCAUGAGCUCGAACAAUCACUCGAUAAGGAUGGGAAUCUGAGGCCCUUUUCACCUUCAGAUUAUUUCUUUGGACCAGCCGUGCUGGAAGCGGAACCGCGGAAAAGUCAGGGUGGCCCGGGUGAAAAUGGCACAGACCAGGCGCCUGUCUCGCCAACGAGUAAAGCCGCGGGCGACAGCGUGAUCAACGGUCACUUGACAGGCGAAUCUGCGACACCUCAAGUUGUCCCCAAUGCUAAGAAAAGCCGUAAGAGUGACCGCGCAGAGACCAACGGGGACGAAAUUCCAAUGGAAAUUGAUUCAAAUGGUGUUGCCAAUGAGACGAAAUCCGCAGUAGCUACAUCACCAUCCUUGGCCGAUGCUGUGGAUGGGGAUGGGGAUGUGAGCAUGGGUAUCCGACCGGACUCGCAAGACCAGGAACCAACCGCGGCGCCGACUUUCACCUUGACCAACGGCCACAGCGUUGGCGUCCAGAUCACCCCCGCCAAGGCUGCCGACCUUAGUCCCGAUACCGCCGUCUUGAAUGUGGCUGAUGAUUGCCACGUGACCCGCGCAUUGUGGCGUCCAAACGAUUCCACUGUUGUCGUUGCGGUCGGCGAGUCGUUUUGCAGUCUAUGGAAAAUGCCGUCAUCUACGAGUCCAGUGCAAGAGAAACUUGUGGAGGGUAAGGGUGAUAGUAUAUGCGUCUCUGCGGUCGCCUGGGAUCCUACAGGCCAGAAAUUGGCCGUAGCCACAUACAAGGACAUGAGAGGGUCAAUCACUAUGUAUGAUGUCGCCGGGAAUGCUGUUGACCUCCUGCCCGAAGUACCUAGAAUGAUCACUGGAUUGCAUUGGACCGAGAGCGGCACCCAUUUGAUCGUUGUGGCAUCAGAUAGUAAAGUCUCCGAGCUGGCUCUCUGGGAUGAUUCAUUGCGACCGGACGAGUUUCCCUCCCCACAGGUAAUCGACGGGACAAUCUAUGACCUCAGCUGGCUUGGGCGCAAUGUAGCAUACGCUUCGGGUAAUGGCAUGGUCUACCAAUGCGAUGUCGACUCGAGUAUCCACAUCUCCAAGACAUAUACCAGUGAGACCGAUAGGCCUUGGUCAUUUAUUCGUUGCGCAAAUGCCAAUUCCUCCUCGGUGGCCGUGGCUGCAUCGUCUGCUGCAGCCGCUUUCUGGAUCCCGACGCACGACAUGCACCUCGAUGGUGCACACGAAGGAGCUAUCACGACAGUGGAGCUUAAGCCAAACACACUGGAGCAACCACAAACGAACCAACCGUUGGUUCUAGCCUCUUCAUCCACUGAUGAUACAGUUAAAGUAUGGCAUGUUGAUCUGGACGCAAAACGAUUUGAUUGCAUUCAUCGUCUGUUCCUUGGUCCAUCUUCACCCGCCCUCGCCAGCAGUUUCUCUCCGGACGGCUAUGCUCUGGCUGCUGCAAGCAAAGAAAAAUUGUUCAUCUGGAAUUCGCAGAGGGGUGGCACAGCAAUGGCUACUUGGACCGUGCCUGGGGCCGACGUAACAAAGAUCGAAGAAGGACAGAACCACCUGGCCAAUGGACACAAUGGGACCGCCGAACCAACACUGGAUCGCUCUCUUACAUGGGAUACUGAUGGUAAACGACUCGCUUUUGGCUUUGGCAAGCAGUUGGCUAUUAUAAACAUGCAAAGUUGAGACUUUACGAACCGCGAAAACGCAGGAAUAUCUAACUACACCUUGAUGAUGCACUCGUAUGCGCUCUUACAACUUUUUACUACAUAAUUUGUGAUAUCCUCGUCAACGAAUGCAAUCGAAAACUAUACCUUACCUUUUGCUCUUGGUCCUGUGGAUCGUUUGCUACUA